GUGGAGAACCUUGGAUACUACUAAUGUAUCCUAAAUUUGCCUUGCAAUUUCAUUAGCUAGCCAAAUCACAUUUGAAUCACUUCAUUACCUCUAUCCCUUCUUCUUGUGUGUCUGUACUUUGUACUUUGUAUGUGUCUAUGUCAAUAGAAACUAUAUGUGAAAUGUGAUAUUGCUUUUCUUGAAUUUGUUUCACUACAACCCACCUGCUCUAUAUUUCAAUUUCCAUGGCUGCUUCUGAUAUGAGGUCCGUCUUCCUCUCUAUUCUACUUCUUGUGUUCCUUACAUCUUCUCAUCCUGUUUUUUCACAUAAUGUAUCUCUCAAAGGGCAAGCUUCAAUCCUAGUUUCUCUCAAACAAGCUUUUGAGUCCUACAAUUCUUCUCUCAAUACCUGGAAUGUAUCAAACUACUUGUCUCUUUGUUCUUGGGCUGGUGUCCUUUGUGACAGCAUGAACAGAUUUGUAGUUUCACUUGACAUAUCCAAUUACAACAUCACUGGCACUCUCUCACCUGCAAUCACAGAACUUCCAAGCCUUGUUAAUCUUUCAGUUGCAGCUAAUAAUUUUGCAGGUUCUCUUCCACCAGAUAUUCACAAGCUAGAAAGACUUCAAUUCCUCAACAUAUCCAUUAAUAUGUUCAGUGGAAACUUAAGCUGGGAGUUCUCUCAGUUGAAAGAGCUUGUUGUGCUAGAUGCUUAUGAUAACAGUUUUAAUUGCUCACUUCCUUUGGGUGUCAGUGAACUUCCCAAGCUCCAGUACUUGGACUUUGGCGGGAAUUUCUUCACUGGGAAUAUCCCUUCAAGCUAUGGAGAUAUGAAGCAGCUCAACUAUCUUUCACUUGCAGGAAACUCAUUGGAUGGUUUUAUACCGAGCGAACUUGGUAAUCUUACUAAUCUCAAGCAGCUUCGCUUAGGAUACUACAACGAAUUUGAUGGCGGUAUCCCUCCAGAGAUUGGUAAGCUUAUCAAUCUCUCUCAUUUAGACCUCGCAAGUUGUGGCUUGGAAGGUCCAAUUCCUGCAGAGUUAGGCAAUCUAAACAAGUUAGACACUGUCUUCAUGCAAACAAAUCAGCUUAGCGGUUGGCUUCCUCCUCAACUCGGCAAUUUGAGUAGUCUCAAAACUCUUGAUCUUUCAAAUAAUGUGCUAACAGGAGCUAUCCCAGUUGAGCUGUCAGGACUCAAAGAGCUUACCCUCUUGAACCUGUUCAUCAACAAAUUGCAUGGGGAGAUCCCUCAGUUCAUUGCAGAGCUACCCAAGUUAGAAGUUUUAAAGCUGUGGCAGAAUAACUUCACUGGAGCCAUUCCUUCAAAGCUUGGUCAGAAUGGUAGACUAAUUGAUCUUGAUUUGUCCACUAAUAAGCUCACUGGAUUGGUCCCCAAGUCUCUAUGCUUUGGAAGGAAUUUGAAGACCUUGAUUUUACAAUACAAUUUUCUGUUUGGGGCUCUGCCUAAUGAUCUUGGUCAAUGCGACACACUCAACAAAGUUAGACUAGGGCAUAAUUAUUUGACUGGGUCAAUACCACUUGGCUUUCUUCACUUGCCUGAGCUAUCACUCAUGGAGUUACAAAACAACUAUCUUAGUGGGCAACUUCCUCAAGACACAAGCAAGGUACCCUCAAAACUAGUCCAGCUAAAUCUUUCAAAUAAUCGUUUGUCGGGGUCUCUUCCUACUUCUAUUGCAAAUUUCCCCAGCUUGCAGAUUCUUCUACUAAAUGGAAACCAAUUCACAGGAGAAAUUCCAUCAGACAUAGGCCAGUUGAAAAAAGUCCUAACUUUUGAUAUGAGUAGAAACAACAUUUCAGGCAGAAUCCCUCCUGAGAUUGGUAAUUGUAUCUUGCUCACUUAUUUAGAUUUGAGUCAAAACCAACUCUCAGGCCCAAUCCCAGUCCAAACUUCUCAAAUUCACAUGCUAAAUUAUCUCAAUGUCUCAUGGAACCAACUUAACCAGAGCCUUCCAAAGGAAAUUGGGUCCAUGAAGAGCUUAACUUCUGCAGAUUUCUCCCACAAUAACUUCUCUGGUCCAAUACCCGUAACUGGCCAAUAUUCACUAUUCAACUCUACAUCCUUUUCGGGUAACCCUCAGCUCUGUGGUUCUUACUUGAGUCCAUGCAACUAUUCAUCAAUCUCACCAUUAGAAUCACACAACCAUAAAGGCAUCAAGGCUCAAGUUUCAGGCAAGUUCAAGCUUAUAUUUGCUUUGGCACUCUUAUUGUGCUCAUUAGUAUUUGUUAUUCUAGCAAUCAUCAAGACCAGAAAGGUAAGAAGGAAUUCAAAUCUGUGGAAGCUCACAGCAUUCCAGAAGCUAGAGUUUGGAAGUGAAGACAUAUUAGAAUGCAUAAAGGACAACAACAUUAUAGGAAGAGGUGGAGCUGGGAUUGUAUAUAGAGGAACAAUGCCAAAUGGGGAGCAAGUAGCUGUGAAGAAGCUGUUGGGAAUAAGCAAAGGCUCUUCCCAUGAUAAUGGCCUUUCUGCAGAAAUACGCACACUUGGCAAAAUUCGUCACAGAAACAUUGUGAGGUUGCUGGCAUUUUGUUCAAAUAAAGAGACCAAUUUUCUUGUUUAUGAGUACAUGCCAAAUGGUAGUCUUGGUGAAGUUCUACAUGGGAAGAGAGGUGGUUUUCUCAAGUGGGCUACAAGGCUCAAAAUUGCCAUUGAAGCAGCUAAAGGCCUUUGUUACUUGCACCAUGAUUGUUCACCUCUAAUACUUCAUCGUGAUGUCAAGUCCAAUAACAUUUUACUUAACUCUGAUUUCGAGGCUCAUGUAGCAGAUUUUGGACUUGCCAAGUUCUUACAAGAUACAGGAACAUCAGAGUGCAUGUCUGCAAUUGCAGGAUCUUACGGCUAUAUAGCUCCAGAGUAUGCAUACACAUUGAGAGUUGAUGAGAAAAGUGAUGUCUAUAGCUUUGGAGUAGUACUGCUAGAACUCAUAACUGGGCGAAGGCCUGUUGGUAACUUUGGGGAAGAAGGGAUAGACAUUGUUCAAUGGACCAAGAUACAAACUAAUUCAAGCAAAGAAAGAGUGGUGAAAAUCCUGGAUGAAAGGUUGGGUGAUAUUCCUCUUGAUGAAGCAAUGCAGGUCUACUUUGUUGCAAUGUUAUGUGUUCAAGAGCACAGUGUGGAACGCCCCACAAUGAGAGAUGUUGUUCAAAUGCUUGCAGAAGCUAAACAACCUAAUACAUUUCAAAUGCAAUGAGAAACACAAACAAUGAUCCAAAAAAAAAUUGUCAAACAUGAUGGAUAUAUGACUUGUUAAAUGCACUAGUCCAGAGAUAUAAUUGCAGGCAAUAUAUAGUAGUGCUUUCUUUUUUGGUUUUUAUUUUUUUUUUUUUUUGGGGGGGUUUGGUAGCAUAUAUGCUCUAUAUUGUUGCUUCAUGUAGUUAGAUUUGAGGGGUUUUGUGGUCAAUUGAGUGCAAGUAAACGUGAACAGGGAGAGGUACUGAAAAAGUAAUUCUGUAAUUGUAAUAGUUGGCUGUAUUAUUGUGUCAUCAUUUAGAUGGAAUCACCAAAGGAUGUGAGGUUGCUUUUAUUA